AUGUUUUUUCUCGACAAAUUCCGGAUCGAUACUGUUACUUUGGCAAGGUUUGAGUUCAACGACACAUCCGAUAUUAAUAGUAUUUGUUCCCAAAUGGUGAAUGUCAGUUUUGUCAUAAGCGUAUGCCGGACUCCUUCCUCCAUCGGUUUAGUCUCUGAACUCGCCAGAAUUUCGCAAGUGCCAACAAUUCAAGUGGAUCUCAAUUACUGGCCGUUGCCUCUUUAUUUCAAUGACACAAGUGCCCCAACUAUCACUUCUCCGUCCUAUUCAACAAUGGUUUUAUCAACUCUUGUAUUUCAAAAUGUGAUAACGGAUAUUUUUGCUGAUUUGAAUAUAACUCCCAAUAGUACUGUGCUGUAUGACAAUAUUUAUCCACCCGACUUCACCGCUUGGAGAGGAGCUUUCUCAAUUCUACCAGGUGUCAGAUUUGUGCAAAUGGAAACUACAGUAUUGAAAAUGAGAGCUCAAAUAACACAACUUCGAUUUCAAUCUAUCAACUCAUUGAUUCUAGUGGCGAAGACUGAAAAUGUGGAAAGAUUCACGUUGGAAGCAGCAGACUACAUUGAACAACGAGUUUUCAACAUAUAUGUUCUCACAAAGGACAUCACUGCUUUCAAAUGUGAUAGCUGUGAAUCUGCACUUAUGUUUUGGUUGCGUCCAUUUCCAGUUGGAAAAAUAAUGGAAAUUCGAGAUUUGGACGAUUAUUUGUUCAGAAAUGAAAUUGGAUUAGAAUUGGAUUACUCGAUCAACGGUUGGGAUUCGAGUGUGGAAGUAAGAAUUUAUAAAAUCGAUCGAGAUCGAGAUCAUGAAGAUGCUCUAUUUAACAAAGAAGUUGGAAUCUGGACACCUAUAAACAAAUUGUCAGUUAUGUAUGGAACACUUCAAGUGGAUGUCAGAAGUCUGAACAUUUUUCGAGUAGUCACAUUGAUACAACCUCCAUUUGUUCAAAGAACUGGCGACCCCAACACUCCCUACGAAGGAUAUUGCAUUGACCUAAUCAACAUGAUACAAGUCGAAGUGAACUUCACUUAUACCAUCUAUGAAGUGGAAGACGGAAGUUUUGGCACCAUGGAUGACAACGGAAAUUGGAAUGGACUCAUCGGCGCUCUUGUAUCCGGUUCAGCUGAUAUAGCACUGGCCCCGUUGAGUGUUAUGGCUGAAAGAGAGAAUGACGUGGAUUUCACAGUGCCUUAUUAUGAUCUCGUUGGUACCACGAUUCUCAUGAAAAAGGCUGACGUGGAGUAUUCGCUUUUCAAAUUCAUGAAAGUCUUGGAAUGGCCUGUCUGGUUGUGCAUUGUGGCUGCAUAUUUAUUUACGAGUAUUUUGCUAUGGAUAUUUGAUCGGUUUAGUCCCUACUCGUUUACAAACAACAAAGAAAGAUAUCAGAAUGACAUUGAAAAGCGGCAGUUCAGUUUGAAAGAAUGUCUUUGGUUUUGUAUGACUUCCCUUACUCCACAGGGAGGUGGUGAAGCCCCGAAAAACAUAUCUGGCCGAUUAGUAGCCGCUACGUGGUGGCUGUUUGGAUUCAUUAUUAUUGCUUCAUACACUGCUAACCUCGCUGCAUUCUUGACUGUCUCUCGUCUGGAACAACCUAUCAGUUCACUCGAUGAUCUAGCCAAGCAGUACAAAAUAGAGUAUGCACCGAUCAAAGGAAGUGCAUCUGAAACCUAUUUCAGAAGGAUGGCAGAAAUCGAGGAGACAUUUUAUAAUAUGUGGAAAGAAAUGUCUCUCAACGAAAGCAUGUCUCCCCGAGAUCGAGCAAAACUGGCUGUUUGGGAUUAUCCAGUGUCUGACAAGUUUACCAAUAUGUGGAGAUAUAUGCAGGAAUCCAAACUGCCACCAGAUAUGGAUGCGGCAGUUGACCGGGUUCUGAAUUCGGUCGAUGGAUUUGCAUUUAUUGGAGAUGCCACUGAAAUAAAGUAUGCAGCUCUGACAAACUGUAAACUACAGCAAGUUGGAACUGAGUUCUCCAGGAAGCCAUAUGCAAUUGCAGUUCAGAGUGGACACAUUUUGAAAGACAAAAUUUCCAGCGCAAUACUCAUGCUAUUGAAUCAAAGAAGACUGGAAACCUUAAAAGAAAAGUGGUGGACGGAUAACCCUAACAAAGUCAAUUGUCCGGAUUCCUCUGAUGAGAGUGAUGGUAUUUCGAUACAAAACAUUGGUGGAGUGUUUAUUGUUAUUUUGGCUGGAAUUGCGUUAUCUAUCAUUACACUAGCAUUUGAAUACUACUACUAUAAGAGAAAAGCACGACUAGCUUCAGAAAAAGAAAAAGAACAGAUAGAAAUGAAGAUUCAGCAAGUAAUUCCUAACGGAAUACAUCAGAAUGGUCUGAAGCAAGACGCUCCAAAAACUACAAACGGCGUCAAUGGAAACGGAAAUGCUGUUCAACGGAUCAAACGGUCAAAUUCUGUUGCGACAUAUGAAAACACAGCGUUCCAGUACUAA